AUGCGUGUUGAGAAGUGUGAGUCGGGCAAGAUUCCACCUCUGGUCUUCCCAUCCGGCCGUCCAGUCAGCUCACCAGCCCUCUGCAGAAUGCGUUUGACCGACGAGGCUGGGCUAGGACAGAGGAAGAAGGAAAACGAGGAAAAAGUUGGCGAUAGGCGGUACAAUGGGAAUCUGGACCAGUCGGCUGCACCCUUCAAAUUCGCUUCUCCGAAAGGGUUUCAGACAGAACCGGAUUCUGAAAGCAAAACUAUGCCCAAACUGCAAGACUAG